CAGCAGAAACGGGUGCAGAUUCUAUGAUGCUCACCACAGAUGGGAGGGGAAAGGGUUUGUAGCUCUGGGGCUCCAAGCACACCUGGAAACCAGGAGUGUGCAGAGCCCUCCAGCAUGGGGAGAGGGUCCCCACUUGGAGUGACAGCCGUUCUCUGCAUCCCCAUGUCCUCAGCCAGCCUCUUGCCACCCUGCUGUGGGAGGAGACCGUGUGACUACAGGGAUCAUUAGAAACCCUGAUAAAAUAUCUCUUUUGGUGACGUGAACUACAGGUGCUGCCUUCGGUGGGACCUCCAUGGUGGUACGGAUGCUGUGGACAGCGGGUGUGCCACAGGUCAGUGAUUGCAGUUGUGGGACCGGAAAGUCCCACAAAGGAGCACUGGUGGAGGUGGGUGCAUGGGUAAAUAGCCCAGUCCCUCCAGUUCUAGGCAGUGACACAGAGAAUCAGCCGUAGCUUCUGCCGUGACUCUGGAAGGCCCUAGCAGUUCUGGCACUCAAGAGCCUUUUCCUUUCAGGUGCUGCUGGGGGAGCCUGCAGCUGACCUGGAGUCCCUGCGGUAAGAGCCCUCUCCUCUCGCCUGACCUGCAUGCAACACGUUUCAUGGGGUAGUGGCAGAUGAGCUCCUGCUAUUUGCAUUCACUUUCGUAGUGCCCAAAGCUUGUAUCUUGUGCUCCUGCCUGGGCCUUUUGCUAAACCUGGAGGGGAAGGAAGUGUUCACAAGCCAGGGAAAGAGAAAAAGAGGCUGGAGCUUUGCUGCCUCUGUUCCUCCCAAGCUUGGAGGCUUUGGGAGGGGCUGGGCAACUCUCUGACAAGAUCUGCUUUCCUGCUGACUGCAGAAAUACACUUGCUCUGUCCUGGAAAAAAAUGGAAAACUUGCAGCAUCUGAGAGAUGAACUGGCAAGCCUGGCUGCAGAGAUCGACGCUGUGAAGAAGGUGAUCCUGUACUUUGGGAAACAGGGCCGGGCCCUGUCUGGGCAGCUGGUGGGCUUUUGUGGCUCAGCCCACACACCCCAUCCGUUGCCAGGGGAUGCUGGUCAUGCUUCUCCACCGUAAAGCCCCUUCUGGCCAGCUUGUGACGUGGUUGUUCGUGUUUUUCCCAGGAAGCUCAGCAAAUGAGAGAAGCAAUGUCUGCGAUCACACAGAUGUCUGGCUGGGCUGUGAAAAACGCAGGGACUGCCAUCAACCUGCAGAGAUCAUCCAGCAGCUCUCCAUGGCUCUACAGGCUGUUUUGGUUCCUGUGGAUUCCACCCAUUCAGGAAACCUUUGUGCAGCCUGAUUCUUCCCCGGGAUACUGCUGGCCUUUCCAAGGGUCUCAGAGUGAGGUGCUAAUCCAGUUGCCUGCAAAGAUACGACCAACAGCCAUCACCAUACAGCACACCUUAAAGGCAGACUCUCCGCUGAGGACUAUCAGCAGUGCCCCGCGAGAUUUCACCGUCUCUGGACUGGAUGAAGAAGGCAAAGAUGAAACUCUGCUUGGGACAUUCACCUACGCCGCACAGGAAGAGGUUAUCCAGACCUUCCCUUUGCAGGAUAAGAUGAGAGAUUUCCGUUUCUUGAACCUCGUUGUACAGAGCAACUGGGGAAAACCAGGGUACACCUGUAUUUACCGAGUGCAGGUGCACGGGAAGGUGGAUGGAACCAGUGCUGACAGCCAGAUUUCAGAUGUGAAGAAUUCACUUCAGUAAGAAUUAAAGAGGAAAAUGGAGAAACGAGGAGAGUGAUUGGCUGUUACUCUGGGGCACAGCAAUGUCGUUUCAGUGGCCUGCUCACAGCUGCCAGCUACUGCCUUUCACAGGCCAAGGCCAUCCUCAAG